CAGAGCCCCUUGCGGCGGGGACUGCGCUCAACGUGGACAGGCUCCCAGCCCGUUCCCACCCUCUUCGCUCCUGCCCCAGCGGCCCUGGGGGCGGGGGCGGGGGCUCCCUGGUGGUUCUCCCCGGGCGGAGUGGGGGCUUCUGGGGGAGACUCCGAGGCCGCUCUGCAGGGACGUCAUGCAGGAGAAUGACAAGACCUUGACCUCGCUGGCAGGUUCCAGGACCAAGAAAAGGAAUCCCCAUCAAGAAGAGCCUGCGGGCUCAAAACUGCAAGGGAUGCCCCAGAGCCCUGAGCAGGGAGACACUGGCCAUAGCCAGGGAAGGAGAGGACGGCAGCAGGGAGACACAGAGGGAGAACCCACUGAUGAAGAAUGUUCUAAGAAGCUCCUUGGCUUGCAAAGAACCUGCACAGCAGAGAGACCCUAUAAAUGCCCCGAAUGUGGGAAAAGCUUCACCCAGAGCUCUAUGCUCAUCCGCCAUGAGAGAUCCCACACGGGAGAAAAACCCUACACAUGCUCUGUCUGCGGGAAGAGUUUUAGUCAGAGGUCCAAUCACAUGCAGCAUCAGAGGAUCCACACAGGGGAGCGACCCUAUAAAUGCACUGACUGUGGGAAAAGCUUCUCUCUGAGCUCCCGCCUGCUCCAGCAUCAGAUGGUGCAUACUGGAGAGCGGCCUUACAAAUGCCCUGACUGUGGGAAGAGCUUCAACCAGAAGUCAAACCUGAAGCAGCACCAGAGAAUCCACACAGGGGAGCGACCCUACAGACGCCCUGACCAUGGAGAAAGCCACUCUCUGAGCCCACCCCAGGAGAUCCAUAAAGUAGAGAGACCCUAUAAGUGUCCCCAGUGUGGAAAAUGCUUCCGUGUAAGCUCACACCUUAUUAGACAUCAAGUCACCCACACAGGAGAGCGACCCUAUAAAUGCUCCGACUGUGGGAGAAGCUUCUCGCUGAGCUCUCACCUCAUCCGGCACCGGAUAGUCCACACAGAGGAUAAACCUUACGUCUGCACUGAGUGUGGGAAGAAGUUUAGCCUAAGCUCCAGGCUCGAUAGGCACCUGAGAACCCACACGGGAGAGAGACCCUAUAAAUGCCCCAACUGCGGGAGUGGCUUCGUCGACAGCUCCGCUCUUAUUAAGCACCAGAGGAUUCACACCGGGGAGCGACCCUAUACCUGCCCUGAAUGUGGGAAGAGCUUUGGUCGGAGCUCAUACCUUAUCACCCACCAAAGAACCCAUACGGGAGAGAGACCCUAUAAAUGCCCCGACUGUGGAAAAAGCUUUGUCGGCAGCUCUGAUCUUAAUAAACACCAUCGCACCCACACCGGGGAGCGCCCCUAUAACUGCCCUGAAUGUGGAAAGAGCUUCAGCCGGAGCUCAAACCUUAUUGCCCAUCAGAGAAUCCACACACGUUCCUUCACUCCUGCUCAGGAAUGUGGUUAAGGGGAUUUUGAAUGUUGGCAUUAAACAUUUUGGGACGGUUAUUUAUUUGAUCACUUGGCUCCCAUGUAGCCUCUUAUUUCCAACCCUGCUAGUGCCUUGUUCAUCUUGUGUUACACCCUGUGUUUAAUACGGCUAAAUGUAAAUGUAUAUAUCUGGGAAUAGAGUGUUGGCCAGACUUACAGGAUGGGGGACUGUCCUGGGAAGCUGGGACUCUGGAAAAGAUUUGGAAGUUAUGGUGGAUAAUCAGCUGAACGUGAGCUCUCCCUGCGACACUGUAGUCAAAAGAUCUAAUGCAAUCCUGGGAUGCAUAAACAGGGGAUUCUCAAGUGGGAGUAGAGAAGUUAUUUUACCUUUGUAUUUGGCACUUUUGCAACCACUGCUGGAAUAUUGUGUCCAGUUCUGGUACCUACAAUUCAAGAAGGAUGUUGAUAAAUUGGAGAGGGGUCAGAAAAGAGCCACAAGAAUGAUUAAAGUAUUAGAAAGCAUGCCUUAUGGUGGCAGACUCAAGGAGCUUAAUCUAUUUUGCUGAACAAAGAGAAGAUUAUGAGAUGAUUUGAUCACAGUCUAUAAGUAAUUCCGUAGGAAAAAAAUAUUUAAUAAUGAACUCUUCCGUCUAGCAGAGAAAGAUCUAACACAAUCCAGUGGCUGGAAGUUGAAGUCAGACAAAUACAGACUGGAAAUAAGGCAUAAUUUUUUAAUGGUCAGAGUAAUUAGCCAUUGGAGAACUGACCAAGGGCUGUGGUGGAUUCUCCGUCACUGACAAUUUUUAAAUCAAGAUGGGAUGUUUUUCUGAAAGCUCUGCUCUAGGAAUUAUUUUGAGGAAGCUCUAUGGACUGUACGAUACAGGAGGUCAGACUAGAUGACCACAAUGUCUUUAGAAUCUGUGAAUCUACAUAAAGCCUUGUAAGGAAUAGAUUUUUAGUUGGUAAUUGUCAAUUUCACCGUGCACACACAAACCAGUGACAAAAUAUUUCCAGUGAUAAUCAAAAUUUACAGAUAGGCAAAGUAAGAAAAAUGCUGCUUCAGAACUUCUUGGAGUCAAAAUCCAGUGACUGGAAAUAAGCUUGUUACAAAUUCUCUAGUGAAUGAAUAGGUAGGAUUUGGUGAUGUCAGGAUAUUGACUUUGUAUAUUUUGACAUGUGAUAUUGACAAUUUGGUUUUAAUGGUUUAUAAAACUUUAAUUUUUUUGAAUCUCAACAUCUGCUAUCAUUAAAUAAUUAUCUGACCCUCCCCACUUAAUUUCUGGCAACUGUGAAAAUUUAAGGAGAUAAAAAUAAAUGCUUAAAAAUAAACAUUG